CGACGAUCCUCGCUGUAGUCUCAGUACCGUCCGAUAGUUGGAUGCGACGCAAUGAAGUCGGGAGCAGCGUGUCUCUUUCUCUGCGUCCUCUCGACGACUGUGCUCGAUGUUGCGUACCUCACGAAGACAGAAGAUGUUCUAGAUAAGAUAAAGACCGGAUUGCAGUACGCGAGUAAUUACUUGGAGACGGCUAAGGACAUUGCCGAUCUGGUGUCAAAGAGCCUAGGUCAUAAUAAGCAGAAACAGAAGCAGAAGCGAGGAGAGGACGGAGACGACGAGGUGAAACAGCCGUUCGGCCCGUCGAAUCUCGUUUCCGCGUUCUUCCGGCUGAUCGGACUCGAUUCGCCCAAAGUCGCAGCGAUCGCAGUCAACAGCUUCAUAUUUCUCGCACAGAUGAUAAGCACGUUGCUUGGAGUGAAAUCGCCGCAGGGUAACAUCGCCAGAAACACAAACGACGCAGUACUAACCUGGGAUCCUGUGAAAUUCAUCUUGGAAAACAAGAACGAUAAGGUCCAAAAUUUAGUGGAUCAAGCGAGAGACGUGAAUUUACCAAAUCAUCUGAUCGCGCGAAUCAGCGGCUCUGAUUCCGCCUGUAUCAGACUGCUGCUUUGCAAAUCAUCCCCAGUGAUAAAAGCGGCGCAGACCUCCCUCAAUAAUAAAUCGCGGCACGGUAUGCGUCGAAUGACUGCAUGGCUACCGUCCAAAGAGGAAUUCGAAGCAAACAGCGACGAGUGUGAGGACAAACAUACCGAUUGCAGUCUGUUCCCGUCAUGAUAACGAUUACCCGUGCGAGGAAGCGGAGGAAACGACGGUGAAACGUUUUGCGUGCCCGAAUAUCCCAAAGGUUCCUUCGUGCUGUGGUUAAUAUAUCCGAUAUAGGAAUGUGCAUAUGUGCGUGUUGGUGUAUGUGUGUAAGUGUAAAUGUGC